AUGAGGCCCUACCAGGUUCUUCGCUCCGUCUUCAUCUUCUUGCUGGCGACCAAGCUGCUGGGCCGACUGCAAUACGUCCUCAGGUAUGAAGGCUUGAGAAGUUAUCUUCUCCGCUUGCUGACGCCGUAUCUCAAGAUGCUUCCCAUGGUCCGUGCCAAGCUGGACAAAGAAAUGCAAAAAACGAUGACUGAGCUGAGAGCCAAGUUCUCUCAGGAUUUGACGAGUCCCUGCACGGCGCUGCCCAGCAAGGGCAUGGAAAAAGAGGAACUCUUAAAGCUGAUGGAUCAGCGGAAGGAGCAGGACACGAAGAAUUGGAUCAAUGGCAAGAUCACUGGUGCUGUCUAUCAUGGCGGCCAGGAGCAUUACGACUUUGUGGGGCAAGUCUUCUCCAGAUGGGCUUUCUGCAACCCUCUGCAUCCCGACCUUCAUCCGGCUUUGCGGCAGAUGGACUCCGAGGUGGUGCAGAUGGUCAUCAACAUGUACCAUGGCGGUCCUGAUGCCUGCGGGUCCUUCACCACUGGCGGUACAGAGAGCAUUCUGAUGGCCAUGAAAGCUCAUCGUGACUGGGGAGAAGAAACCAAGGGCAUCACGGAGCCCAACAUAGUGAUCUGCACCACGGCACAUGCCGCGUUUGACAAGGCUGGCAAGUACUUCAAGAUUCAGGUCAGGAAGGCCCGACCCGAUGGGGACAUGGCCAUGGAUCUGAAGCACAUGAAGCAACUCAUCGACCGCAACACGGUGGCCAUUGUGGGCUCUUGCUGCCAGUACUGUCAUGGUACUAUCGAUCCGAUCCAAGAGAUGGGCAAGAUUGCGCUGAAGAAGAACAUUGGUCUUCAUGUCGACUGCUGCUUGGGUGGUUUCCUGGUCCCAUUUAUGGAGAAGGCCGGUUAUCCGCUGCCGCCCUUUGACUUUCGAGUCCCUGGAGUGACGUCCAUUUCCUGCGAUCCGCACAAGUAUGGCUUCGCUCCGAAGGGAAGCUCUGUUGUCAUGUUCUCGAACAAAGAGCUGCGGCGGUACAUGUACUGCUACCUCACUGACUGGAGUGGUGGUAUCUAUGCUACUCCUACCAUGGUAGGCUCCCGGCCCGGCGGCCCUGUGGCUGCGACCUGGGCUGCGAUGCGGAGGUUUGGCGAAGAUGGCUAUGUCCAGACGACUCGUGAGAUUGUUGGAGCGACCCGGACCAUCGCUGAAGGCCUCAAGCAGAUUGACGAUCUUCGCCUAGUGGGGCGGCCGGAGGUUUGCGUGGUGGCCUUCGACACUAAAAAGGGUGCAGGUUUCAGCUGCUACGCUGUGGCAGACUGCCUCAAGCAGCUUAGCGGCUGGGAGCUCGCCACGUGUCAGAAUCCGCCUUCGGUUCACCUGGCGUUGACCCUCUUGACCGCCAAACAUGCUGAAAGCUUCGUGAAAGAUGUGAAGGCCGCGGUGGCACGGGUGAAGGAGAGUCCCAAGCUGUACAACUCCACCGCUGGCGUGUAUGGUAUGGCGGCCACGCUUCCUCAAGGAUUUAUAGAGGAUGCGGUUGGUGCUUACAUUGAUGCCAUGUCGGAAGCCCAUGAAAGUGCCGCCCCAGCUGCUUGA